AUGUCAGUGAUGCGCUACCGGCUUGGUCUGCGACUGGGUAGGGAAGUCAAAUGCAACAACCACAACCUGUCUCACGCGAUCGAAUGGUCGCCCGAUGCACAGGCAGAGUGCUUGCUGUCUGCCCGGCACGAGGGGGGUGGAUGUGUGUUUGGUAACAUCGCUGAUUUCUUCAGGAGCGAGCUCAAGGACUCCGUGAUACCACAGCUCCUUGCGAAGCCUGCUAUGACUCUUGAAGUUCUUCAACCAUUGCUCCGGACCAAUCGGCUGGUGCAGACAAGUGCACAUUGCCUAGUGCAUGGCCGCACUUGUUGUCUAAAGACCUGCAAUCGGCACAUUGCAGGCACCAGUUGCCGGCCUUUUUCGAAACGGGGUUCCGGGCUAGGAUGCAAUGACCAGGAGAUCGUUUACUUUAUGGCAUGGCUGGGUUUGCGAAUGCUUCUGCAAGAGCCAGAUGUGACACAGGAGAACGUGGUGGGGUUUCCUCCGGAUGUCAUUGAGCAGGCAGUCUCCAGCAUAUACUACAUGGAGGUAUGUGAACUGGAUGCUGUACAAUUCGGCUGUGCCUGCGCACGCCGGAGGCAGUUUAUCCGCCUGCGACACAAGGAGAAGGUCCUUGGUGAGAUCUCCCCGUUGGCCCGGUUCUCGACACGCUUCUUCAGGGCCGUGAAGUAUCACUGGUCGGAGCAACUCGUCAGAGCAGCUUUGCUGGAGAAGUGCUUGGAAUUCUAUCAGGCCGAUGAGUUGGAUAUCCCUUGGUUCUCCGACGAUGGGACUCGCACGGUCGUUAGAUCGGAGUUGAGCCGGCCCAUUCAAGAGGCAACGGUCAGUGAAGCGAUCUUCCGGUACCGGACGGCUGAUCACACCCUUCCGCUAUCUGCCGGUGGUUUUAACCACCGCGCGGAGGCCUUUUACCGCUGCCGAGACGAGCAGCCGGACCACCCGAUGGUCCAGAACGCGUUGACUCGAGGGUUGAGGAAGGUCAAGGUCUUGCAUGAACGCACGCCGGACUGCGUUUUCAAAAAGGUCAUCGUCCUCCUCAACGCCUUCCAUCAGGGCAGCGGGGAAAACCACCUCGACUUCCUGGCAGAGGCACUGGGCAUAGAGCACGCUUGGCGGGCAGAGUGUCGCGUCACCCAGAUCAACACGUACAACCCCCGCUAUUCCGCUGCAUAUGACGCCUUUAUACUGAGCAAUAAAGGCAGUAGUCCGGAGUUCAACGGGUUUUUCAAGCAGAAGAACCCCUACUACACGGCACUCGCUCUAGCACACCAUCUACAGAACUACGGCGUCUACGACAAAGUCGUACAGUGGACCAACGCUUUCGUGGACUUUCUGGACCCCCGAUAUGAGCCACAGAACACCAUCAACACCAUGCACGCCAUCACGUCUCUCAUUGUGACGUCCCAAAAGAAAUAUUGCCUCAAGGCCAAAAUCGGUAUCAUCAUAUUCGAGGCCGUGAAGGCCUGUGUGCCGGUGUCACCUCACUCCCGAGCAGUCGGACGCACGCUAUCCUUCUCGUUCGAGAAGGGUGGAGCUGACGCCUCGAAGUCCAUGAACUUGCUGAAUUUGCCAAUGGAGACCAGCUCCGUCGUGAGGAAAAUGGCACUGAGCACUGGUGGGGCCGGGGAGGGUGCAGAAGGCCGUGGUGGAGCCAUGAGUGCUAAAGGCACCGGUAAGAGCAAAAUCAAUCCAAGCCUGGCCGUCAAGGCAGAGUUGGCCCAGGUGGAGUCGCUGAAGAUCCAACUCAAGGAUACCGAAGCGAAAAAGCUGGGCCGCCCGGCAGGAGACAGAGACAUCGGUCAGGCUCAGGCAGAUGCCGCAGAAGCACAGGCACAAGAACCCGACAGCACGAAGCGGAAAACCAAGAAAUCUGCCAGAGGGCUCACCAUCAAGGGCUACAGCGACGACGAGCGUUCCUCGUUUUCUGGUGUUGUGACUUCCUGCACAUCAGGAGCGACAGAGUCUCGACCAUUGACGGCCCUCGAUGAUAUCAUCCGUGCCCUUGACUAUGCAAUGGGUCUUCUGAAAAACAAGGACAUGAUCACUGAGGAAUCUGCCACACUGGACACCUUCGGUUUCUGUAUCUCGUUGUGGCUCGAGUUCGCGUUUCAGGGCAAGGUGUCUGUGGCUGGGCGGGAGCAUCGUGCAUACUCCUUGCUGCGAGUCGAUCUGCAGCAGACCCUUUUGGAUGCCAAUGAGACGCUGAACACGCCUGGGUUUGUGACCCUUGACAGUGAUGGCCAAAAGACCUGCAAUGCUUUGGAGCUUGCGAGGUUGCUGAAUGAGAACCUCACAAGCCAGCCUGUGUCCGAGAUUUUGUGGGCUGAGGACGACGACGGUGACGAGCGGGCACUGAGGAGCGUUUGUGAGCACAUGACCUGCAAUCGCGAGCUGACCGUGGUGCCCUGGACCGCCUACAUAUCCCAGAAGCUCCACUUGCCAAUCCUCAUGCACCAGCCCGUGCAAGAUGUGGUGACUUCUCUGUUGUCUGAGAGUGCCGCCGGGAGGAAGUACCUGUUGGUGGAUGUUAUCUCCUCGCUCUACUCGGGCAUUUGCAACAUCUUGCCCCCGGGCAUGUUCGGCUUCGCUUUCGAUGUCGCUGCAGCAUACGGAGAACGAAAACACUUUGUGGAGGGCACUCAGGAGGCUGGCGUGUUCGGGAAUGUCGACAACCUCCAGAAGGCUUGCUCUCUUCGUGUAACGUAUCUUCUGGAGCUGUUGAAGGAGUUGCUCGUGCUUCGCAAAGCCGGACGGAUCCACUUGCAGGUGUCCGAACCGCUGGAUGGCUUGAUCCCAAAGCUGCACGCACUGCGAAUGACAGAUCCCUGCUUUAGCAACAUGGUCGCGUUUGACGCCGUACAGUUCGCGACCCACUGGGCUCGUGACUGGACUGCCAUCCUCGAGAAGGCCGACUCGGACGACCUGAUGUCAUUCAAUGAUAAGCUGGUCGCUGCCACAGAGGGGUUGGACACCAAGGAUGCGACACAGGGGACCUCCAGCACGACUGCAAAAUCGAUAACGGCAGCAUCUUUGUUUCGUUCCAGCUCCACCAACGACAUUGACAUUGAUGGUAAGGACGAUGAUCAAGCCAACGGAGGUCGGGCCGGGCAACUGUUGUAUAGUAGUUAG